AUGAAGAUAAAAGCUUAAAUUUAAAUGCUUAGAUAACACCUAAAAAUGAUUUAAACUUUUCCUUAACCAACUAAACGCCUAAGUAAAUCUAAUUAGAUGAGAUGCAAAAUUAGCAAAAGCAGUUAAUAUAAAAUGAAAAAUAAUAUAACAAAGAUUAUUACUAUUGCAGUUUGCGAAGUUAAUAAAAAUAAAAAUUACUAAACUCAUCUAAAAGCGAAAAUUAACUCUUAAGAAAUUUUUCUCAUAAAUUCAUGCAUGAUGUAUAUAAUUUUAAUUACAAAAGUAAAAAUGAUGGAGUUUCUGAUUAACCAUUAUAGAUAGAAAAUAAAGAUUGUCAAAACGAUGGAAUUUUUAAUAAAAGCCACAUAAUAACUUCACCCAAAGGGCAAUUCAAUUAAUAAUCUUUGUUAGAAAGAUCACCUGAAGCAAAUAUAACAAAAUCCUAAAACACUUAAACCCUAAGCAUUAUGUAAAAUUAAAAAAAUAAGUUAAAAAUAUCUUGUGAUGAAGCUUGUAUUCCUAUGA